AUGGGUGCCGGCCAAUCCAGUGAAUAUAGUGGAGCUUCUCAAGAGGAGCUGAGCUACAUUCUCGCGGAACGAUUCGCGACAAAAUGCUUUACGCCCUUAGAGCUUACGCAUUUCAAAGAUAAUUUCUUUUCUCGGGCCGCUGAGCAGGGCGGACUGAAAUAUUGGAAUGAGAAGACCCUCUCUGAUUUCCUCGGUAUCCCAGAUGGUAGUUUCUCUGCCUCCCAUGAGAAUCCCGUUGAUGCCGGCCCGGUGAUCUUCCGCAUGGUUUCAUAUCUGGGUGCAUUUCCUUUUCAGAAUACCAUGGCGCCAAGUGUUUUGACAUUCGAUGCAAUGGUGAAAGUGGUUGUGUUAUUGACGGAGCGCUAUGGGAAAGUUCUACGACGAGGGCGCAAGGACCGUGUAAAGUUGCUGUUCGGAAGUCUUGCUGAUGUUGGUAGAAAGGAUAUUGGAAUUUUAGACUCAAAGACUGAAGAGGGUAAUGGGAAAGCUGCUGCGGAAGAGGAGACUGGUGCUCCUGAUAUCCAGUCCCAUGCGCUUGGAUUCUCGGUUGAUGAACCGGCCAAUGAUGAUUACGAUGAAGAUGAAGACGACGAUCUUGCUCUUGCUGCAUUGGAAACACUUGAUGCGAUUGAAGUGUUCAAGCAUGAUCAUCGGGUUGAUCGCACUGUUUAUGAAACGCGGAUAUCUAUUGAUACGUUCCGUCGGCUGUUGAUGCUACUGCUAGUCAUAGCACCAUUGAAGCCUUUGGAAUCUGUGAAGGUCUACACAUCGGAUUUUGGACCCGAGAGAAUUGAGGCGAUUCAAAAAGAAGCAGACAGCAUUAUCUCUGCUUUUUCGCCAGAGGAAACUGACGGCGGUAUCUCAUACCGUGCAUUCGCGCGAACGGUUACGUCCUCUUUACCAUAUCUAUUCGAUCCUCUUACUGCAUUGUUUGAGCAUAUGCUUUUCAGUAAGAACCUAAACCUUUCACAAAGGCGACAGAAAGAAAACGCCGUCGAGAAAGAAACGAAAGAGGAGUCUGAGGAGUCCGAGGAACUUCCUCCACCAACCAUAGUCAUGCUUCCUGGCAGUUUCGAGUCAACUAUUUUGACACCAACAAUCAUUUCUCACCUUUCGUUUUUCUUGCCAUCUGUCGCACCAUCUUUGAGUCUCUUCCGCAGUGAUGCGCGCCUCCACCCUGUGUUUUCCACUUCUGCCCACGGCUCCUCGCUCACGUCAUUCUCCCACCACGUGUUGACCUGGCAAUCUUCCUCUUUAAUGAUUCUCCAGGGUGCUUUGGAGGGAACAUCAGACUUGGUUACAAUAGGCGCGUAUAUUCCACAGUCUUGGAAAUCAUCCACGUCAACGAUCAAUUCAUCCUCAACCAAAUUAUCAAGCCCCUUGCCUUACCUCUUUCAAUUAUCACCAACACACCAGGUCCUUCAGGGGAAUUCGUCACCAUCUGUCGCACAAAAGACCAAUCUCCCGGCUGCUUGGUUUUCGACACAAACGGGAAUUGCAAUCGGUUGCCAGAUUCCACCAGCCUCCCGAAGCCAACAUACCCUUCCUAGUCCAUACGGCGCUGGUAGCCUUGUCAUAGAUGUGAAUCUUGGAACAGCCGAGUUUCAAGUCGAUUCUGUAAGACAUGAUGGUGUCUUCUUACCACCUGGUACUUCAUCGCCCAAUGACAAGCUGGCCAAGAUCCGUCUGGACUUGUACAGUCUGGAGAUCUGGGGUGUUGUCCCAGAUCCUGAGUUGGAUUCUUCUUCUGAUGCUGCAUCUGGUGCUGUUCAGGCACAGCGUGCUAAGUGGGAGUUUGAGGCCCGAGAGGCGGAAAGAAGACGUAAUAUUAAUCUGAAAGCUGGAGGAGGUGAUUCAGCCAAGGAGAGUGCUCGGUGGCUUUUAGAGACGGCUGGGAUUAUCAGUGAUCAUGGGCAAUACUCCUAA